UCGUCACUUCCCUUGGUCGCUUGCGUCACUGAAGUCGUCACUUCCUGCCGGUACCGGUGUGCACGGUACAGAUCGUGGCCACCGGUUUUCCUGUUCUCCCCCUCCCCGACUUUCCUCCCUCCCUCCCUUUCCCUCCCGCGGCGGCGCUCGGUCGCGGGUCGCAGACUCCCUGACCCAUCCCUAACCCCUUCCUGACCUGGGCGCCACCGAAUUGGCCUUUUCCCCUGUUUUCCGGCCCAGUUCCAGUGUCUGGGCGGGGGCCUUGAGCCAACAGAGAAAAGACUAGACCACUCUCGGCUGGAGAACCGGAUCGCCGCCGCCAUGGCAAUGAGGCAGACGCCGCUCACCUGCUCUGGCCACACGCGGCCGGUGGUGGAUUUGGCUUUCAGCGGCAUCACGCCUUAUGGCUAUUUCUUAAUCAGCGCUUGCAAAGAUGGCAAACCUAUGCUGCGCCAAGGUGAUACAGGAGACUGGAUUGGGACAUUUUUGGGUCAUAAGGGUGCUGUUUGGGGUGCAACACUGAACAAGGAUGCCACUAAAGCAGCUACAGCAGCUGCAGAUUUCACAGCCAAAGUGUGGGAUGCUGUCUCGGGAGAUGAGUUGAUGACUCUGGCUCACAAACACAUUGUCAAGACUGUGGAUUUUACACAGGAUAGUAACUAUUUGUUAACUGGUGGACAGGAUAAACUCUUACGCAUAUAUGACUUGAACAAACCUGAAGCAGAACCUAGGGAAAUCAGUGGUCAUACUUCUGGUAUUAAAAAGGCGCUAUGGUGCAGUGAUGAUAAACAAAUACUUUCAGCUGAUGAUAAAACUGUCCGCCUUUGGGAUCAUGCUACUAUGACAGAAGUGAAAUCUCUAAAUUUUAAUAUGUCUGUUAGCAGUAUGGAAUAUAUCCCUGAGGGAGAGAUCUUGGUAAUAACUUAUGGACGAUCAAUUGCUUUUCAUAGUGCAGUAAGUUUGGACCCAAUUAAAUCCUUUGAAGCUCCUGCAACUAUCAAUUCUGCAUCACUUCAUCCUGAGAAAGAAUUUCUUGUUGCAGGUGGUGAAGAUUUUAAACUUUAUAAGUAUGAUUAUAAUAGUGGAGAAGAAUUAGAAUCCUACAAAGGACACUUUGGUCCUAUUCACUGUGUGAGAUUUAGCCCUGAUGGAGAGCUCUACGCUAGUGGGUCUGAAGAUGGAACAUUGAGACUGUGGCAAACUGUGGUAGGGAAAACAUACGGCCUUUGGAAAUGUGUGCUUCCAGAAGAGGAUAGUGGUGAGCUGGCAAAGCCAAAGAUCAAUUUUCCAGAGACAGCAGAAGAGGAGCUGGAAGAAAUUGCUUCAGAGAAUUCAGAUUCCAUCUAUAGUUCAACUCCUGAAGUUAAGGCCUGAGCAUCAGGCAAUUGCCACAGAUAGUAUACAACUUACGGACUAAAACAAGCAAGCAGAGAAAAGCAUCAGUCUUCCAGAGUGACUCUGCUUAAGGCAAACAUGAGCAGUAAAUACUGAGGAAUAUGAAUUAGCUCCAGUGCUGGGACUAACUUGGUGUUACCUGUCAGUGAAAAUUCAAGGUACCAGAUGAAGGCAGGUGGAGUUAAUAUGCUCUUGUACUACGAUGGCCUGUUUGUUGUCUUUUUAAUGAAUAUGUGCAAGCCAACACCCAUUUCUCUUAUUACAAUUAGAUUUCUUAUAGCUGUUAUGUUAUUAUGGAAAAGAAGAAUAUAUUGGCCUAUUUUUCUGACUUUUUCCUUAAAGCAGAAAGUCUUUUUUUUUUUUUUUUUUUUUUUUUUGCUUCAGUUGUAAAGAAGAGGGAAGAAUACAUGAUAAAGUAACUGGCUUGAUUUCUCCUUCAUUGUACACUGCUUCUGAACAUCUAAUUGUUUUUAGUUGUCAAAAUAAAAUUCCUCUAAAAUAA